AUGGCUCCACCAGUCCAAGACCAGGGCUCAACUUCGGCCUCAGAUAUCCCCCUCGACCUCGAAGUUGGCCCUCGAUCGACCUCCCACUCGAAUAAUACCUCCCGCUGGAAUGGUUUCUCCCAAUCCCACCCGUCCAAUAUGCUUGCGAACCCCAACGGGCUGGCACCGAAGUCGUCGCAGGAAGAUUGGCUGGCCUACACUGAAGAUGCGGGACAUCGACUGACAGUCGCGUUGACACCUAGCUUCCUACAACGGUAUGUGGGCGGCGAAGGACCCCAACCCACGAGGCUGCAUGCCAUCGCAGCGCUCGACGGGUUGCGCGGUUGGGCGUGUAUGCUCGUCUUCAACUUCCACUUCCUCUUCACAUAUACCUGGAAGGUUGCCGUCGGAUGGGGAUUCGCGGGCGAGAACUUUGGAAUCCAUCAGCUGCCGAUUUUGCACAUGUUGAUCUCCGGCCACAUCAUGGUGGCGAUUUUCUUCGUCAUCUCGGGCUACGUACUCUCCUAUAAGCCGUUGAAGACCAUCCGGUCCCGGUCGUUCGAGGAGGCCUUUACCGUCAUGGCUUCGUCGACCUUUCGACGAGCAUUGCGCCUCUACAUCCCAUCCUUCGUCGGUCUCGCAUGUGUCUUCGUGGCUGUCCGUCUUGGCCUGUUCAAUUACUCGUGGGGCGUCAUCAAGGAGGGUCAUACAAUUGUCGGCACCAAUGAACAGCACCCGCCCGUGUAUCGGUCUCUCACCAAGCAGUUCUGGGAUUGGUAUAACACCGUCGCACGCUUGCUGAAUCCGUUCGAUUGGGGUCUCUAUUACAACAACUAUAACCCACAUCUAUGGACCAUUCCUGUGGAGUUCCGCUGCUCGAUUGUCCUGUUCAUCACGACGCUAGCCACCUCGCGUCUCAUGCCGGUCAUCCGUAUGCCUCUUGUUGCCGGAUUAAUCUGGUUCUGCAUGCGCUAUGGCCGCUGGGACGUCGUUCUCUUUCUAUGUGGCAUGUUGAUGGCCGAGAUCGAUCUAAUCAACGGUACAUGGGAACGCCCUGCGAACUCGACUGCAGUGCUUGGUGAUAAAACGCAUAUCCGCUUCCGCCCUGGCGGUAAGGUCCUGGCCACUGUCUCCCGCCGACGCCUAUGGAUCGCUAUUUUCGUGCUGGGGCUAUAUAUCGGGUCAGUCCCAAACCUGGGCUUCAAGUGGACGCCCGGCUACAUGUGGCUCUGGAACCUCACCCCAUGGACAUACCCUGAGCCACAUCGAUUCCCGCAAACCAUCGGCGCGGUCCUGAUUGUCUUCAGCAUCAACCACUCCCCCGAUCUCCAAAAAUUCUUCACCCACUCGUUGUCCCAGUAUCUGGGCAAGAUCUCAUUCGCCUUUUAUAUUGUCCACGGUCCCAUUCUGCACUCUCUUGGGUACUCUAUCAUGCCUAGUAUUUGGGCUGUGACAGGCAAGGAGACCAACUUCCAAUACUGCUUUGGCUUCCUGAUUGGCUGGUCUAUUUGUCUGCCAGUUUCCAUUUGGGCGGGUGAUGUCUUCUGGCGCGCUGUCGAUAUACCCAGUGUUCAGUUUUCUCGCUGGAUAGAGAGUCGUGUUAUUGCAAAGGACGCGCCAGCGACCGGGACGCCGAGUUUGUCGACUCCGCGAGCGCAAACCCCGCGGGUACAGUGA